GAUUGGUGAUAAAAUGUUAGGUUUUCUAUUCAACACGGGCCUUAUAUUAUUUUAAAAAUCGUUCAUUCAUCGAAGGAAUAGUUUUUUAAAAUUCAUGUUGUCUACGUUUCAUGCAAUUGUCACACAAGGCCUUGAAUAAUACAUUUUUUCUAUCGUUAAUCAUUUCUCUUUCUCUAUCAAAUAUUCUAAACAGGCGUGUUACAAUAGUGGAUCCAAAUCGUACCAUUAACAAUGGUGGACCGAUUAGUAAAUAGCGAAGCAAAUGCUCGCAGAAUUACAAUGGUUGAAAGUUGUUUUGGGAGUUCCGGACAACCAUUAGGUGUACCAGGAAGAGUUUUAGUAGGUGAAGGAGUUCUGACAAAAAUUUGUCGCAAAAAGCCUAAACCUAGGCAGUUUUUUUUGUUUAACGAUAUUCUCGUAUAUGGAAACAUUUUGAUGAAUAAAAAAAAAUAUAACAAACAGCAUGUUAUUCCCUUGGAGGAAGUCAAGUUAGAAUCACUGCAAGAUGAAGGGCAAUUACGAAAUGGAUGGUUAAUUCGCACAGCAUCAAAGUCUUUUGCGGUUUAUGCAGCAACUUCAACAGAAAAACAAGAAUGGAUGGCCCAUAUUAACAAAUGUAUAGAAGACUUAUUAAGAAAAAGCGGUAAGAAAGCUGUAGAAGUUCAUGCUGCCGUAUGGGUACCAGAUUCCGAAGCAAAUAUUUGUAUGCAUUGCAAGAAGACUCAGUUCACUGUUCUCAAUCGAAGGCAUCAUUGUCGUAACUGUGGAACAGUAGUAUGUGGUCCGUGCUCUAGUAAGAGAUUUUUGCUACCUAAUCAAUCAUCGAAGCCCCUCCGUGUCUGUCUUAAUUGCUUUGACAAACUGUCAAGAGAUAAAGCUCAACAAAACAGUACUAAUUUAAAUUAUCAUAAAAACUCAUUAUUGAAGGAUCGUAGUGAAUCAUCAGGUGAAGAUGACUCUGACGAUGAUGAUAAUUUUGUUGCAUCAACUACUACACCUGAUCAGCCGAAGUUUUAUUGAUUGUAUUAAUUGACCAUCCAAACUAGUACUAUCUUCCGUCGAAUCUAAUUUUUUUUUUAAAGUGUGAUUUUGAUACCAUCCAAUUUAUCAGAAUUUCCUAAUUUUCUUUUAUAUGUAAUUAAAUUAAAAAAAUAACAUUGAUUCUUAUAGACAUUAUAUUUAUUUUCAUAAUGAUUUAAUAUUUUAUCAAUGAAAUUUAAUUUAAGGUGAUUAUUAACUAUCUAAAAUCCGAAUUAUACAUUUGUGAUACCUUGUUAGUAA